UUCGGACACAGCACAUAUCUAUGGUGGAAAUCCACUAAACGUUUGUUUGCCAAACGCCAUAAAAAUCAAAAGAAGAAGAAGAAGAAGAAGAGACUGAAACCAGGGAUACUACUGGACAUCAAUGCUUUCUUAAAGAAGGUCUGUUUCUCUGAACCACAAGAUUUACACAGGAGAAGAGUGCAGACAUGAGUAACACAGAUCCAUGCAGAAUAAAAUAUGAAGAUACUGCAGAACAAAGAGAUGUAAUGGAAGUGGAAGAAAUAUCAAUAUCAGAAAUGUCUUCUGGUAGCUUGCCUGCAAAAAAUACUGAUCACAUGAGAAUUCACACUGGAGAACGCCCAUACACAUGUCUUCAAUGUGGAAAGAGUUUCACCAACAAAAAUUCUUUUUACAUCCACAGGAGAAAUCACAACAGAGAUCCGCCACACACGUGUCCACAGUGUGGAAAGCGUUUCACCACCAAAAGUAAUCGUGAUGUCCACAUGAGACAUCACACCGGAGAGCGGCCAUACACAUGUCCUCAGUGUGGAAAGAGUUUCACACACAAACACAGUCUUAAAAAUCACAUGAUAUCUCACACUGGACAAAUGCCAUACACAUGUCCUCAGUGUGAAAAGGGUUUUCCAAGUAAAGGAAGACUUACUUUACACAUUGAAAUGCACAUUGGAGAACGUCUGUACGUUUGUCCUCAGUGUGAAAAGAGUUUCAGACGUAAAAGUGAUCUUGAGGAACACAUAAGAAUUCACACUAGAGAGCUUCCAUACACCUGUCCUCAGUGUGGAAAGAGUUUCGUGAGGAAAAAUAAUUUUAAAAACCACAUGACGGCUCAUUCUGGAGAGCGGCCGUACGUAUGUCCUCAGUGUGGAAAGAGUUACACAACCAAAAGUCAUCUGAAUGACCACGCGAAGAUACACUCUGGAGAAAAACCACACGCCUGUCUUCGGUGUGACAAGAGCUUCACGAGAAAACAAAGUCUUGAAAACCACUUGACAACUCAUACUGGAGUGCGGCACGCAUGUCCGCAGUGUGAAAAGAGUUUCACAACCCAAAGGUAUCUUAAUGUCCACAUGAGAAUUCACACAGAGGAGCGCUCAUAAGCAAGACUUACACAAUGCCACUAGGAUUGCACAUUAAGAUUGUCUUUACAGAUGUGAGUCUUCGAACGUUCUGUUCACACAGCAGCUCACAGCUGAAAACUGUCUGUAUUCUGUUCCUGUGUGACUCCUGUAAUCACAGUGAUGGACUUUCAUAUGACUGGUAAUCUUUUAAUGGACUUGGUAUUGCAAUUAAACUUGUGUAAUUCAUACACAGACAACGAUAAUAAAAAAGUAAAAGCUAGCACACGUGCGUCUGUUAUAUGUCUGCUAAAGAUCUGCUGAGUUAAAACAUCUACUAAACAGAUGAGAAAGAGCAAUUUAAACCUAUUCUCAAAAUAAUAAACAUCAUCUAGAUGUCUAUUUGACGUCUCUGAGAUUGCAGAUGAGUAAACUAUGUCUUGCAGAUGUAAAUGCAGACAUCUAAUAGAUGUUUGAAAGAUGUUUGUGUGAUAUCUGUGACCAGAUUCUAACAACAGUGAUUAAAGUGACCCUUUUUGCUACCUCCAUAUAAAACAGGUCUAACCCCUCUCCAAACCCCAAACCUUAGUUUUAUCACAGCCAAGAUAAGAGAUUAAAUGACAGACUAGACGUGAUUAAUUUUUUACAUUUACUUUAAAUCACCUUGCUGCUAUUUUCCUUAUUAAUAAAUGUUGGAU